UGAAAAGUGGGUCUCACGUCUCUCAAAUACUACCCUACAAGGCAGCGAUUGAUCAUUGUGCUCGCCUGUAACACAUCUUUCUUUUAUGUCUCCAGGAUGCCCAUCUACACAGCGUGCGUUGCCUGCUAAAGUACUAGUGGAUCAAGCUCUGGUACCGCCAGUUGACCAAGUACUGGCAAACCAAGUGCCAACAUGUCCUGCUGAGAGAGUGCAGACUGUGCCGACUCCUCCCGCAGCUCUCUUGCCAGUGGCUGACGUCCCGCCAGUCGGUCAACAACAAGGAUGCCCAUCUACACAGCGUGCGUUGCCUGCUAAAGUACUAGUGGAUCAAGCUCUGGUACCGCCAGUUGACCAAGUACUGGCAAACCAAGUGCCAACAUGUCCUGCUGAGAGAGUGCAGACUGUGCCGACUCCUCCCGCAGCUCUCUUGCCAGUGGCUGACGUCCCGCCAGUCGGUCAACAACAAGGACUUCAGCUGCCAGUGCCUGUUUUGGACAGGGAAGAUCCCACACCACCGGCUUUUUCUGAGGAAGAUGGCAUGGUACACCUCGGUGGCAAGAUAAAGCUUUCGAAGCUAAAGAUUGAUGAUUUAGUAGACAGACUCCCUCCCAAACGAUAUGUGAAAGAUUUGUGCAGGUGUAUUUAUACUCACGAAGAGAUGUGCGCGAGAAGUGUGACCGGUGCCCCCUGCCGGAGUCAAUUGAAGGAUGGGGCAAAGGGGAAGCUGCCGGUAACCCCAAUGAAACUGCUGGCCCUUGCAAAUGGUCUCAUGUACUACGAGGGAGCCAAACCCACCGAAGCUCGGCACACGGGCCCCGAACUUCAGAAGAUUGUGCGGGAGGUUUUAAAGGAGUUCCUGCCCGACAACGCAAGACAAGGCACAAGAAGGAGGGAACCACCGGCACCCAAAGAAUAAAUGUGCAUGCUUGGGUGAAACAGCACACAAGAUUUACACCCAAGCCUCCAUCCUCUCAAUAAAUGUUCCUCGAGGCAUUUAGGCAUAA